AUGUUUGGCGUAGAUGACAAUGCUGCCAAUGAUGAUGUAACAGAUGAAACUGUCAAAAAUGAUGUAGACGAUGAAGUUGCUGAAGAAAUUAGGAAAGAAAUUGACGACGAUGUAGAGACGAUUCAUUCUUCUCAUGCAGAAAAUUUAGUGAAGACAGGUUUCCACGAUGAUGCAAGACAGAAAAAAGUCGGCAUUGAAGGAACGGGUUUCAUGACACCUUACCAUGGUGAAAGGUACCAUCUGUCAGAGCGGGUUGGAUCAAAUGAAACUCCUAAGAAUGCUCGAGAGCUAUUUAAUAGACGACAUGCCACCAUCGAUAUGUAG